CUAAAUUCUCUCUUAUGGCAUAAAGGAUUGUGGCACCUGGCCGGUUACUUUCCAAAUGUCAACUGUGUAGUUGUCACAUGUGUCUAGCCAUGCCGCAACCUACGCGACAGACCCAGCGAGUCCCCCGAACAUGCAUGCAAUGUGCUCGGAGAAAGAUCAGAUGCUCCAAGAGAAUACCAUGCGAAGAGUGCAUCCGCCGCGGUGAUACUGUUGCCUGCAAGCGCGAGAUUGUCAGGGUCCAUGGCAAGGUCACCGUUGCAGUAGACGAGGAGACACGAAUCGAUGAUUCAGACGCAGAAUCGAACCUUGUGCGAGAGAACACCAGUCUCAAAACUCGCAUUAGGCAGCUAGAAUCCGUACUCUCUCGGCCUGAAACGCUGAAACUUGAGGCGGAUAUCUUCCGGCUAUCUCCUGCUGCAGGAAAUCCGCAAUCGUCGGACAAGAUUCUGAACGAUUUUCAGAGUCUACCGUUUGGACUUUUGGUGGAAGCGUCACAGGUCCCCCGGAGCACAAUUCAUCCAAGGGACGACCACUUACUACUUGUAUUACCAGAUCGGCAUUGGAGCGAAAUGAUUGUGCGGUUCUCUCUGGAUCAUUUCGGAUGGGUUCAUUGCGCUCUAGAUGCUUCAGGAUUUAUGGUUGACCAUUCUUCGUUCUGGGACCGCCUAAGCCACAGCAGAUUAGACAGCCCAAGGAACAAUGCCUGGAUUGCGGUGUAUCUUAGUGUGUUGGCCACAGGAGUAUAUUUUAUGGGAGAGGACAAUAUUUGCAAGAUCCGCUUUCUCCAAGAGUCACUCCCUUCUUACAAGCCAUCGCUCCUAAGCAGAGUACCCACGGAGCUAUGCCGUACCUGGUGCGAAGCCGCUCUGAAGGAGCUCAACUAUGCCAACUACUUGAGCAAGCCCAGUAUUCGGACUGUACAGACACUGGUGAUUUUGAAUAUCGUACACAAGAAUCUUGGCGAGUCAUGUCGCGAAUAUACUCUACACGGUCUUGCGGUCAAUAUUGCCCGCUUGAUUGGAAUUGAUCGUCUCGGAGGCCGUCACGAGCGACAAAAUACCUCGCCAGUAAAAGACACAGGGCUCAUUCGGAAAGAUGAAAACGUUUACCGCAGGCUUUGGUGGACCUUGGUGAUCUGUGACUGGAUGACUGUAUGGUCGCGUCCAAUUUCCAUACACCCGGACUCCUUCACAACCGUGCUAGAAACAGAAGAUAACAAGGAAAUUUCUCCCACUUUAGCUGGUGGCGAGAAAGUCCCAUCCCCAUAUGAGUACCAUAAAGCAAUGGCCCAGCUCGCCGCCACCAUGCAGAAUCACGCCAGAUCCAUUAAAGAAUGGACGACGGCGACUGUUCAAGCCUCCUUUGAGGAGCUCGACGCUGUAACUUCUUCUUUUCCACCACAUCUCUCCUACCCUGGAACCGAUGAACCCAUGCUUCAAAUCGAACAAGGGUUUGAAUGGAUCUAUGUUCAACGCUACCUCAUCUUCAAUUGCUUGGACUGCUGGCACAUGAACCUUUGCGUUGCUCUAAUACCUCUAUUACUCAGCAGCCCCUCUAGUACAGAGAGUGAUGUGCAGCAGAGCGGCAUUUCAUGCGCGAAAGCGACUCUGUCUCGGCGAUACCAUGAUCCAUGUCCCCAUUUCCAUAAGUUCUGGGCAACAACAUGCUCCACUGUCACGGCUGCUAUAUUUCUGGCUCUGGAUCUAAUAUGUUUUCGCCAGCACCGAUCAUCUGCUGAAGUGGCCGAAGAAAAGGCUUUGAUAUUGUUCGGCAUCUACCUCCUGGAACGAACAUGUACAGAUACACGACACGACGCCUUAGUUGUUCUGCGCCGCCUUGUUGAGCUAUCUGACGUUAUACGAUCGAGACAAAUUAUCGACCAGAGGGUGUUCGUCCGGCUCAUGAAGCUUGUCGCUUCUCCCAAACUAUGGGCUUCAUUUCCCGACACAGAGGUCACGUUGAGGUUUCUUUUUGCGGACCCGUCGUCGACCGGAGAGGCGAGCAAGCCGGUAUUAGACAAUGACGAGCAGAUGCAUAGCGCGGAUCCUAGUCCCGCUACGUAUGGAGAUACACUACCGCACACUCUGAGUCGGUUUGCGACAAUGGCUGGUGAAGCAGGAGAGGAAUUCCCACUCGCAGAUAAUCUCUUUUCUUCCGAGCUCAUCGACAUGUCGCUCCCCUGGCUGGACCCUGGGUGUCUAAUGACAUUUCCAAGUGAGGUGUCCCUCUAAUAGAAGUGCCAUAUACUUAUUGUCUCUUUACUUCCACCAAUAUACCUGGGCUUAUGUAUAGCAUCCAGU